AGUUUCGUCUUUUAUAGGAACAAACUUUGGCUCUGAGGAAAGAAGGGAUAGGUGUUGUGUUAGAUUCUGAACUGCCUCAUCUCAUUGGCAUUGAUGAUGAUCUGCUCAGUACUGGUAUCAUUUUGUACCACUUGAAGGAGGGCCAAACAUAUGUUGGCAGAGAAGAUGCUGUGACAGAACAGGAUAUUGUUCUUCACGGCCUUGAUUUGGAAAGUGAGCACUGCAUCUUUGAAAAUCUCAACGGUACUGUGAAUCUAAUACCACUGAAUGGAGCACAGUGUUCUGUGAAUGGUAUUCAGAUUACAGAGGCCACGCACCUAAACCAAGGUGCUGUUAUAUUACUUGGAAGAACCAAUAUGUUUCGCUUUAACCACCCCAAAGAAGCUGCUAAGCUAAGGGAGAAAAGAAAGAGUGGACUGCUGUCUUCCUUCAGUUUGUCUAUGACAGAUCUUUCAAAAUCUUGUGAGAACCUGUCAGCAGUUAUGCUUUAUAAUCCAGGGCUAGAAUUUGAGAGACAACAGCGAGAGGAGCUUGAAAAAUUAGAAAGCAAAAGGAAACAAAUAGAAGAGAUGGAAGAAAAACAAAGGUCUGACAAAGCAGAACUUGUAAGAAUGCAGCAAGAAGUAGAGUCACAGCGCAAAGAGACAGAAAUAGUACAGCUGCAAAUCCGAAAACAGGAAGAGAGUCUGAAAUGGAGAAGUGUUCACAUUGAGAGCAGAUUAAAGGAUUUGCUGGCUGAAAAAGAAAAAUUUGAGGAAGAAAGAUUACGGGAACAACAGGAGAUAGAGCUUCUAAAGAAAAAGCAGCAGGAAGAAAUUUUUGCCCGGGUCAAAGAGGAGUUGGAGCGACUACAAGAACUUAAUCAUAAUGAAAAAGCAGAGAAAAUGCAGAUUUUCCGUGAACUGAAAAAACUUAAAAAGGAAAAAGAUGAACAAUAUAUUAAGUUGGAAUCAGAAAAGAAGAGACUUGAAGAACAAGAAAGGGAGCAGGUGAUGCUGGUGGCUCAUCUAGAAGAACAGCUUCGAGAGAAGCAGGUCAUGAUAGAGCUCCUGAAGAGAGGGGAUGUACAAAGAGUUGAAGAAGAGAAAAGAGAUCUUGAAAAUAUUAGAGAAUCAUUUUUGAAGGUCAAGGAAGCCCGAUCUGAAGGUGAUGAAAACCAGGCCGAGUUAGAAAAGGCACAGCAUGAUUUCAUAGAGUUUAAAAGGAAACAACUGGAACAGUUGACUAUUUUGGAAAAAGAUUUAGUUCAACAAAUGAAUCAUCUAGAAAAGGAAAUAGCAGAUGAAAAAAGAGUUCUGGAACACAUAAAACUUGCUCAUGAAGAACAUUUACAUCUCAGCAGAGAUGAUGAAAACUUUGUGGAUGCUGUACUCAAGGCUGAAGAAGUUGACGAGAUAAAGCCAGCAGAGUACAGACUCCAAUCUAAAGUACGUCAGCUUGAGUACCUGAAGAGUAAUCAUUUGCCAGCUCUGCUCGAAGAAGAACAAAGAGCUUCUGAAGUCCUUGAUAGGGGUUUGUUAGGGUUAGAUAAUACUCUCUAUCAAAUAGAGAAAGAAAUAGAAGAAAAAGCAGAGCAGCUUGCCCAUUAUAGAGCUAGCACGAAUCAGCUGCAGCAGCUUCAAGAAACCUUUGAAUUCACAGCCAAUGUAGCUCGUCAGGAAGAAAAAGUUCGGAAAAAGGAAAAAGAAAUCCUUGAAUCAAGGGAAAAACAGCAGAGAGAGGCACUGGAGCAAGCUGUUGCUAAGUUAGAAAGGAGGCACUCUGCUUUGCAACGUCGUUCAACAAUAGACUUUGAAAUUGAAGAGCAGAAACAGAAACUUGCCACCUUGAACAACAGCUGCAGUGAACAGGCAGGUCUGCAGGCUAGUCUUGAAGCAGAGCAGAAAGCCCUUGAACAAGAUCGAGAACAGUAA